AUGGCAGCUCAUGGGACAGCAACUCACCUUGCAGCAGGUCCGAUGGCAGUUUCAGCACCGCUACCAGGCGAUGAGGUACGGGAGUACCAGAAAAUCCUGACCAUCAGUGAUGAAAUCUUCUCGGGCUCUCAUCCCCGGCUCAAGGUCCCCCAACACCUCGUGCGCAAAUCGGGAUCGCGCAACGGCCAAACUGUUCCUCUUCGGACUCAGUUACCUAAAUCGACACCGUCGAGGAUUGCCAUGGAGAAGGUACCUUCACUUGAGACCACCAAUCAACCUUACAAUAGCUCGCACAGUACCCCGGCUGGAAAUGCCCUAUCUGCAGCCCCACAGUCUGCCCGCGUGACUUCAAAACCUACAUCUGAGAUCGAUCCGAUCUUUUUGACCAAGUCGGAUGAUUUGGUCAGAGCAGAACUACAGUUACAAAGACAGAGAGUGGAGAGACAACUGCGUGAUCAACUGGAGUUGAGGAGGAUGGAGAUCAAGCAGAAAACUGCUGUCCAGGACACGAAGCCCGAGUUUGACGUCUCGGAGGUCUUCAAACAAGCCCUUGAGGUGGUGAAACCUGUCUCGCUGAGCGAUUCGUCCGAGGCCAGUGGCCCUGAUGGUCCUGCAAGCGACUCUGACAACAAUUCCUAUUACUCCAGUAGAGCUCCUGAUUCGCCUUUGCAGCCCGGCGGGCAACACAAAUCUUCCCCUGUGGCUAUUGUUCCACCAGCAGGCCCUGCUCAGCAUGGCCCAGUAACCCAUUAUCCAGAUGAGUUGCAGCGACUUGAAGCUCUGAACCAGCCGGGAUCUGAUCAGGAAAUGCAAGAUGCUUACCAUGUUGCUGACCAGCGUCCCACGUAUUCUCAGAAUCGAACCCGCUACCACGAAGCAGAGGAUCCCAACCAAUACCGCGAGUCACUCCAGAUUGAAACCGCAGAUGAUUCCGAGUACUCCCCACCUGCUCCAGCGGCGCCCCUGGCAGAAGCUCGCGACUAUCCCCGUGAGAUAGAAAGUGAAAGACAACUCAGACCAGAUGGUAGAUACAUCGACCGAUCCCGUGGCCCCCGCAAGCCUUCAUCCCCUGCAAAUGUGAGGGUGGUUCAAAACCACAUCACAUCACCGGCAGCUCCCCGACCAUCUCGCGUGUCGCCUCUUGCUACAGCCAAGGUUCCUCCUGUUCAGCAACUUCGCGAUGGACGAGUUGAACAUGGAUCCGAUCAAACAUACUCAGAUCCUGAUUCUGCUCGCGGCAGUCCAAACGUACCAGCCAAUGUACCAACCCCAGUCAUCAUGUCUCGCAAACGGCGCAGACUCCGUGAAGGUGGUGAAGAACCCCGCCAGGCUUCUUACAGGACAAGAAAUGCAGAACCUGUGGAGACAUACAUCAAAGAGGAGCCUGUCUCACCGCCACCUUUUGCAGACGACCCUACCACUGUUCGCAGCCGACACCCACAAGAGCGCCCCGUUUACAUUGAUAUCGCGUCUCCGCAAUACGCACCAGUGUACGAAGGUCGUGGUCCGCCAAUUCGAGAACCGGUGUACGAAGUUGAUCCCUAUCACGAACUUCCACCGGACUCGGGGCCUCCGCGCGCAAUCUCUCGACUCAGCACCAGGCGGCCAAUUCGGGAGGAUGCAGAUCUUCGACGAGUUGCCAGUCUACAGUAUGCUCGGCAGUCAGACUAUCCUCGUGAGUACAUCGAGGCCCAGCCACGUCCAAUUCGGGCAGCAUCGUAUGUUGUGGAACGCCCGGUCCAAGAGCGGCCCAGGUAUUACGACGAAGCCCCUUCCUACUCCCAGCACCGUUACAUCCCUGUGGAUGACAUGCCACCACCAACCUAUCGGGAGCCGUACUACGAAGAGGCGCCACCGCCACGGGUCAUGGCACCUCAGCGUCGGAUUGUGUAUGAUGAGCAUGGCAACCAGUACUAUGAGAUACUCUCAGCACCAAGAUACCAGCCAAUGGCUCCCCCGCCGCGACCCGUAUCUCAAAUGUCGAAAGCCAACAUCUACGACGACCAAGUUCCCCACCGCACUGCCAGUGUUCGCGCGCCCUCGGUUGUCCAGGAUCCAUACGUUGAACGCCGCUAUGUACAGGAGAUGCCCCCGCCCCAGCCAAUAUACAGGCGAGUCACGUCAGACUAUGCUCGUCCCGUUGCUCACGAGAGACAACCCUACGCAGCUCCACUGGAUGGCCAUGAGCCUUACUCACGCAGCGGCAGCGUUCAAGUAGAGUACCUCCCCCCUCGCCACCCAGCUUACCUCGAUGAGCGCGGAGUGCCCCAAGAGAGAGUCAUUCGAACAGCCAGUGUUCGUCCUCCACAGCCUCGAUAUGAGGAGCCGCAUGAAGUUGUCCAGCGAGUGGGGAGCGUGCGUCCAUCUAUCCCGGGUCGUGAGGUCAGUGUUUUCAUGGAAGACAGGCCGUUGGGGGAGUAUGUCGAGAGACCGUACUACAUCCGAGACAGACGGUACUAUGACGGUGAAGGCGAAGGGGGAGACCAUCUGGCAUUGGAUGGCGCAAAUGAUACGGUUCAGCGAGUUCGGCAUUAUCAGUAG